AUGUCUCGCUUCAUUCCAUAUCUUGCACGUAAAACUAAUAUUGUGGCCAACGAUACUCAGACGGAGUCAGACUCGGAUGGCGAGUCAGAUACAGAACUUCAUGGCAGACGUGCAGACAAGAAGGGCAAGGGUAAAGGCAAGGGCAAAGGCAGGAGCAAGGGCAAGGCAAAGGGCAAAGGGAAAGGAUCUGCGAGCAACAAAUGGUCUGUCCAGCAACUUGCCGGUUCAGAUGUGGAUAUGUUUGCAGAGUUGCCGGAAUGUCAAAAGUGUCGUCAAAUCCAGCGCAUUGAUCAAGGGCCUUAUGCAACCAGUUUGAAAUUGCAACGUCAGCCAGAAGUGCGCUUCACUAGGAAACAUAAAAACAAUCUCCCUGAGCCACUUGAUGAUGAUGAAGGUGAUGAUGGUUAUUGUCCGGACAACGAUACUGAAGAUGACAUACCACUCUCACACACAAAGCCUUUGAGAAGAGCCAAAGUUGCUAAGGUCGACAAGGUUUCAGCCCUUCUACAUGUGUUUUAUGAGGAGUCUGAAGAGCACAGUGAACCUGCUGAAGAGUUAGAAGACUCUUCUCGUGUUAUGCAAGAGAAUGAACAGCAAGACAUUAAGUUAAUUGAAGAGGUGUUUGCUGCAAAUGAUGGUGCUCCUGUGGCGCUGCAAUAUUUUCAGCAAAAGAACCUUAGUGCAACGAAACUCAAGCUAUCACGCAUUGUUGCUGAGGUUAAGAUGCAGAUGAAGCGACAGGAUCCAAAGGCAUUGCAGCAAGUGGCUACAUUUCUUGCAAACUUCAAUAAUGGUCGUCAGCGUAUGAGCGCUGGGUUUGCCUUGGAUCUCUCUCGGAUAUGGUCACUAUUGAACAUGCUUACCAGAAAGCUCGAUAUUCGUGACUGGGAUUUGAUGCUAUCUCAUCAGCAGCUUAUGUUAUCAGCAGCAGCCGCUUGGUACUGGCUAGAUCACAGUUGCAUGGAGCAUUGUGCCAAAUUUCUUGCUUUCCAUGUCAAUACCAGUCUUCCUCCCACAGACUGGCUAUCUGCUCUGACUAUGGCAGUCUAUACUCAUCUCUCUACUGGCGACUCUGUGGAUUUAAACCCAACAUCAUUCAUUCCAGGUCUUGACAACAUGCCUUCCUAUCUAUUAUCCACCUUCCUGACAUUUAAAGGCAAAAAGUUGCAAGUCCGUACGCUUCGAUUGGUUUAUAUCAUUGUACGCCAGUGGCUUUCUUAUCCAAACAACACCUAUCUCGCACAAGGGGCUUUUGUUUAUCGCCUCGUCGACACCUUUCAAACUCAACGUAUGCUUCUUUUGGAAGGUGUCUGGCAUGCCUUCAGCUUCGUCAAGAAGGCCGUUCUUAAUACCCCUUCGAUGCGGCACAGUUCUAUUCGUGUUAAUAUGCUGGAUGGCUUUUUCAAGAAACUCCAAGAGUUGCCAAUCCUGACGCCUCACAGUUCUGAAUAUAACACAUUCAAGGACAUCAUUGGUGAUGCAGAACGUUGCGUUACAUCUCAUCGCAAAACUAAACCUGCUCCCUCCAAUCCUUCUCCCAAUGUACACCCUGUCCCUAUCGCAUCAUCUUCUACACCUUCAACCUAUAGUCCAGAACUGCACCGUCUACUGAAGUUUGUCAAGGAUCUUUUGCCGCUAUGUCUGGAGACUUCGCCUUCCUCACCUACUUGUAUUCAAGCGCACAUUCUCAAAGACCUGGACAAAUUUUUCCCUUUCCGCGAGCAUGCACCUACAAAACUCAGCGUAUCUGGCCCGAAUGGUCCACUGCAUCCAGAUAAUAUUAACAAGCCUGGCGGCUUUGCCAGUGUACUGUGUUGGUGUGGAGUGACCUUUGGUUGCAAAGCUGCGGUUGAGAAGGAGGUCUUCUUUCCUGAUCUUGAAGCCUUCCAGGCCAUGUGUCGUUCUUGUCCAUCAGAUGAUCCUAAGUUCCUUUGCAAGAAGACUGCCUAUGGUUCAGCAAUUGGUGGACGCGGGCCUGAGCAUGCUCCUGCCUACUUUGCUGCAGAGAAGGAGUGGAAGAAGUUGUUUGACGAUCCUUCUAUGGUCGAUGCCAAUGGUCAGCUUGGAUUCACCAUAUUUUAUCAGUGGACCCAGUCCGUGAAUCUGCCACAGAUGGGGCCUCUUAUAGGAAUGCUUUUAGCUGGAGACCUAUGUCAUGCUGGCAAAGUUCGGAUGCCUAGCGCUGAGGAGAUGGGGACAUUGUUGGGUGUUCAUAUGGACGAGUUAGAUAACAGUCUGGCUGUCCAACGUAGAGCUCGAGAGAUCACUCCCUUUAUGGGAUACUUCAAAGAGCUCAACAUUGCCAUCUCCGAUAUGGCCUGCUCUGCGGUGAUCACACGCUUUGCUCAGUGGUGGAAUGUAGAAGGAUCUGGAAUUGAGAAGAUCAGACUGAUAGAUCAGCAGAACUGGGAGUUGGAUGAGGAAGAGGCGAUGAAUAUUGACAUUCUGGAUACUCAUCGACCGUGGCAUGAUAUUGAACAAUUCACAUUCGAGUUGUCGCUCUUUCCCCAGCUACGCGUUCUUAUCAUCGACACUCCAUUCACCAUUCAGCCACUAUCGCUUACUCUUCCAAAGUCGGAAGAAAGGACAAUCACCGACUAUUUAUUCCAGGAACUUCCACAGCUUCGACAUUUACACAUUGCUCAUUCUGAGCUCAGUAUAUUUCAUAACAUCCCGGACCAUGAGGGCUUCAAUGGCUCUCAAUUCACUGGACAUCGUACGACCGAUGGAAUUGUCGAAUAUGAAUGA